GCCCUCUGCUCAGCCAUGACAGCGGGAAGCCGCGGCCGGCCCCGGCAGCGCCCCGCGCCGCGGCUCUCGCCCGGGAGGGGCGGCCAGGGCGCUGUCAUGCAGGACCCUGCCCCGGAACGCGCCGAGGAGAGCCGGGCGGCGGCCUCGGCGGAGGGCGGCGCGCCCCUCUGCCUGCAGAGGGUGUUUGAGGAGGUGCAGGGCUCCUCGCAGCUGAGCGCGGCGCCCGCGGAGCCGCCGGCCGUGACGGUGGUGGCGGUGGAGCGGUACCUGGCGCAGGCGCCGCCCGCCGCGCCCCGCCAGUACUGGUACGACGUGACGCUGGCGGACGGCGCGCGCUGGCACCGCUGCCACCUCGCGCCGCGCCUCAACGGGCUGGUGCAGCGCGCGCGCCUGCGGGCGGGCACGCGCCUCCGCCUCACGCGCUGCUCGUUCCGCUACGACGAGAGGCGCCUGAACCGCGGCUUCUUCUGCCUGGAGGGGCUGGAGCGGGCGGCGGGCGCCGGCACCGCCACCGCCGGCACCCCGCCCGACCGGCACCGCCCGCUCCAGCCCCUCCGCGGGGACAAUAGGCACUACCUGCCGCUCUGGAACAACGAGGAUCCCUAUGGAGACGUGUGGGUACCGGACAGGCCGCCGGUGCAGGUGGAUGUGGACGUCUCCAAACUGACUAAUCUUGGUCACCUGGAAAUGACAUGGAGAAGCAGAGUGCAUUUCCAUCCACUUCUUGUGAGAAUCCUGCACAAAUCUAGACUAAGGUACUAUGGAAAACCAGAGAAAAAAAUGGAUAUGCCUUAUCAGGCUUACUUUGAAGUUGCUGAUGGCUCAGGCAUGAUGUCGAUGGUUUUGUGGAAUUCUCUGUGUCCUGAGUGGUAUCACAGCAUGAAGGUUGGCACAGUGCUCCUCCUUGCCAAGUAUGCCAUCAAGUCCAGUUACCCGUUCAAAACACACCCCACCCCGGGGGAUUCACAGAUGAAGAGAUUUGCCACAAUUGAAAUUUCCCUUAAUGUUCGAGAUCCUCCUACUGAAAUAAGUAUUAUUCCAGAAGAAAUGGUUAAGCCAGAAUGGGGAUUACCUGAAGUUAAAUAUAGGUUUAUCACAAGGUCAGAGCUGGAUGACUUACCGCACAAUCAUUCCUGUGAUGUUAUUGGUCUUGUGACAUUUGUAGGAAGGGCUGAGCGAGCCAGAAAAAGAGAACACAGUGAAGACUUCUGGCUGUAUCGUUGGGCACAUGCCAUUGAUGGGACCUCAGACCAACCGUUCAUACUGGAAUUGUUUGCGACUUCUCAGCCAGAUGUGUUUGAGCGUAUUCAUCCAAUGACAUACUUGGUGUGCACACAGAUGAGAGUGAUGACUGAGAAUCCUUCCAGGACAGUUUACCUUACGACUUCAAAUGAAAGUCAAAUAUUCAUUACAGGGUGGCACAAGGGCCAGCCAUACACCAAGGAUGCCAAAGUGAAAAACUUCAUUCAGUGGACGAAAUCGCAAAGUGAAGCUGAUCAAAUGAAGAAAACUGUCAUUGGUGGCUAUUACCCUUUUCCACGACCUCCUGACAGCUUUUUGAAAUAUUGUAAAAACAAUGAAGUUGAAUCAGUUUUGAAACCCAUAAGCGAAAUAGGGAAGGAGAUUGAAGAGCUGCACUACAGAGAACACAAGCGAAUUGCUGUUCAGGGAAUCAUUAGUGCCAUAAGGUACAGCAGCUGUAGCAAUGCAGCUGAAGAAGCCCCAGGAGGGGAACUGGUCCAGAAAGAUACCUCUCAGUCUCUUGGAAGCUCUUCUGCGUCCAAAGAAGACUCUGUUGACAAGGGAAAAAAUGAAGAAGUUAAAUCUUUUGUGGGGCCACCCUGCACUCCUGGGGAACAUCAGCGCCAAGCUCGGCCGUCAAAGGGGAGUUCAGUCAAGAGAAAGGCAACACGCAGAUCCAGAAGAGAUGCAGAACAGGGAGGUACAUCUGUUAGUCCUGUGUCAUCUUACCCCUAUUUUACGCGGACUGUAAGAAGGAAACUUGGCUUAGAUGAAUAUCAGCAUGGACAUUCUGUGCAAGAUAAAAAUGAACAGGCUGUGUCAGACAGUUUGCAGUAUUGCACAGAUCAAGAAAUAAUGAAUAAUAUAGCUGAAACUGAAGAGCCUGGAAGAACUUGUGAUUCCUGGCAGAGUGACCUGUGGGCACAAGUGAAAGACAAGUUAAUGAAUUAUUUUCAUCACAGCAAAAUUUUCCCAGAAAGUAUCCCAUGUAAAUUUGAUUAUGUGCACAAAGACUUACUUAUGCAACAGUACAACCUUCAUGCAGCAGUGCACCAGCCAACAGAAGCCAGAACAGAUAAAAACAUCAAUGAGUUUAAAAGUGCUAAUGGCCUUGGAUAUUAUGAAGUGACAAUUCUGGGCAUAAACCAUGACGUAGCAAUAGAUGUUGCUUUUCUUCCACUGUUUUGCCCUGACAAUCCCCACUUAUUUCAACUGGAAGACAUUGAGAAUGAUAAAUUAUUGUCUUGUAUGAGUUGUAUCUCUGCAUGCCAGCAGAAGGCCACCAGCAGUGGGAGGCUUCAUGACACAUUUCCUCUUUCAGAUGAAAUUGUAAAAGCAGCAGAGGAGCUCGAUGGCAAACAUGUUAUCUGCAUCUUGGACAUGUGUCACUUGGGUGAUGACAAGGUGGAAGUCUUUCUGAGCAAAAUCUACAAGACAGUGGAACCAGACUUGAAACAGAUUAGACAAUGUCUUGGUCGCUGAUGUUCAAGAAGGAUGAAUAGGCAGUACAGUGAGCUGAUCAUUUGGCAGGAUACCAAGGAGUCAAAGUGAUUGUCAGCUGUCUUUCUUUGAUUGUGCACAAACAUACACAGGAAAUGUAUAUAUCUGAGUGAGAACUGAGAAGAGAGGCAAGCUUUCCUAAUAUUUAAGGCAGUGUUUGCAAAAGAAUUAAUGGGCUAUGUUAAAAAUUUAGGCCAGAAUUUAGAGUAAUUUUGAGGAUUAGAAUUUUGAUGUUCUGUAGUGAUCUUUUUUAGUGAAAGCUACCAGAGGCAGCCUAACUGCUCUUUAGGCUUGAAGGUUACUGUGAAAGGAAUUAAAUGCCAUAGUGCCUUCAGUACCAUGAUCCAGGAAACCACUUUCAGUUCUUUUCACCUGAGCAAGGUCAGGUGCCAUGCUUUUAUGUGUCUGCUUUUGUACACGUGUGUUAGGUAGUGAGUAUAGCAUCCAAAUGUUUUUAACAUAUUUUAUUCAUUAGUAUGAGUAAUGAAAUAUUUUUUAAAAGAAAUUUUUAUUGGAACUUGCUUUGAGCUUUGCAAGAUAAAACUGUCUUUAAGAUAUGCUAAUUAUGGCAGGAUAUACAGUUUGUCACAUCAGUUCUAGGUGUGUUCUGAGAACAUGAAGGAGUUCAGCAACCAUGAGAAGCUGCUACUUCCAUAAAAGCAAAGGACUGGAAAAUUUUGGCAACUUUUUGCCUGUACUGAGGAGCAACUGGCUCCUGCUGGUCCAGAAUCAAGUAGCACAUUUUUCUUCCAUGUUAAACAGUCUCAAAUCACUUAAGGAACUGGUUUCUUACAAAAUUAUUUUCAAGCAGGAGCUCUUUGCAAUUUGACUACUUGUCCAUUUGAAAUGCUGCUCUCAAUUCAAUUCUUUGAGAAGAAAGAACUACGGAGACUUGCCAGGUAAAUUGUACCAUUAUUGACCAAAGCCCACAGAGUUAAUUUAUAGGAACAGAUAUAUUCUUACGCACAUUUUAGCAGCCUAAUUAAUGGUAAUUUGACAGUGGAAUGUAAUUGAUUUUGUUACAUACAAGUUCACAGACAACUUCAGAUAAAAAAAGUCAUGAAAUUAAUAAAAUUAUUGUGUCUUUCUAGUGUAGUUUACAGUUGAAAAUAUUUUAAGGGGAAUAGUUUAAGUUAAAUUGCACUGUGACUAAAAGUCAAUCAAAUGUGACUAUUUAUCUGUCUAUUUAAUAUGAAUCAGAAGUAUUAGUUCUGGAGCAAUGUUUGUCAACUCGUGCCUUUCAGAGUACCCAAAGAAGGCAAAAUGAAAAUGUACCAACCCAAGCAGAGCAGGAUGUUGCUUGCAGUGUUAUUUGUGUCAUUGUGCUGCUCAUGGGUAUGUGAAGGUGGGAGGCCAUUGCUCUGGAGUGAGUGUUACACAGCACUUCA